GCCCAGCGCUGGCUGGAGCUCGGUCCGGGCGCUGUCUGCUCCCACUUCCCUCCCAGUGCUCCCAGUAAGAGCAGCACUGGGGGGGCAAAACGCUCCCAACUCCUUCCCGGGGCUCUCGGGAUCGCUCCCGAUGCUCCCAGGAUCCCUCCCAGUGCCGCGCGGGGCGGGGCCGGUUUGGCGACACCCCCAGGGCAGAGCGCGGCUGUUUUUGGGUGUCGGCACCUGCCCGGGCCGGGCUGGGAGCGGAGGAGGAGCGGGAGGAAGAGGAGGGACAAAGGAACAGGAACAGGAGUAAGAGGAGGAGCGGGAGGAAGAGGAGGGACAAAGGAGCAGGAACAGGAGUAAGAGGAGGAGCGGGAGGAAGAGGAGGGACAGAGGAGCAGGAACAGGAGUAAGAGGAAGAGCGGGAGGAAGAGGAGGGACAGAGGAGCGGGAGGAAGAGGAGCAGCAGGAACAGGAGGGAGAGAGCGGUAGAAGGAGGAGCGGGAAGAGGACCAGCGGCAGAACCACGGGGUUUCCUUGGCCGUCCGCUCAGGCCGCAGCUCCCCCAGGAUUUCCCUUUCCCAAACCCUGGCCGGAUGGAGGAGGAAGAGGCCUCGAGGAAGAUGGCCUGGGAGCCCCAGGCAGACAAAGAGCUGAGGUCGGGCACCAGGGAGGACAAAUCCCCACAGCAGAACCUUGUGGAAGAGGCUGUUUUGAGCGGCUCCACAGUGCAGGAAUCCAAUGGGGAGGAAAAGCCCUGGAGAUCCUGUACAAGGGGGGACUGCAAAUGGAGAUCAUGGAGAUCUGAGGAGGAAAGACCCAGCCCAGGCCAGGGAGGCGACUGGAGCUCGGAGCUGGGUGUCCAUGGGCAGCUUCAGGAUGGGGACAAGCCCCACAAGUGCUCAAAAUGUGGGAAGAACUUCAGCCAGAGCUCCAGCCUGAUCCGCCACUUGAGAAUCUGUGAGCGUGGGGAAUGCAGGAAGAGGUUUCAGACCAGCUCCACUCUCCUCAGGCAUCAGCAGACCCAUACAGAGGAGAAGCCUUUCUGCUGCCCUGAGUGUGGGAAGGGCUUCAAGAACAACUCGGCCCUCGUCACCCACCGGCGCAUCCACACCGGGGAGAGGCCAUACGAGUGCCCUGAGUGUGGGAAGACCUUCACUCAGAGCUCCACCCUGACUGCCCACCAGAGGAUCCACACAGGGGAACGGCCCUACGAGUGUGGGGAGUGUGGGAUAAGCUUCAGGACAAGCUCUGAACUGACUGUCCACCAGAGGAUUCACGCAGGGGAAAAGCCCUAUGUGUGUGGGAAGUGUGAGAAGAGCUUCAGCCGGAGCUGCCACCUGAUCCGCCACAUGGGAAUCCACACAGGGCAAUGGCCCUACGAGUGUGGGCAGUGUAGUAAGAGCUUCAGGACAAGCUUUGAACUGAUUGUCCACCAGAGGAGUCACUCUGGGGAAAGGCCCUUUGAGUGUGAUAAAUGCAGGAAGAAGUUUAACACCAGCUCCCAUCUCCUCCUGCACCAGCGGAUUCACACAGAGGAGAGGCCCUUCCGCUGCCUCGAGUGCAGCAAGGGCUUCAGGCAAAAGUCUUCCCUCAUUAAGCACCAGCGCAUCCACACAGGGGAGAGGCCUUACAAGUGUCCCAAGUGUGGGAAGAGUUUCUCACAGAGCUCUUCCUUGACCCAACACCAACGGAGGCACCACAAAGGAAGCCCUGCAAGUGCUUCGAGUGUGGGAAAAGCUUUGGGCGCUGCUCCAGCUCCAUCCCCCAUGGAAGGAUGUGUGUUGGACGAUCCGCAGUGAGCCCUGGUGGGCAGAGUCCUGGUGAUCCAUGGUGCCAGUGGUCUAUGUUGGUUGCUCCUGGCUCCCCAUGGGCACCUGGACACAUCCACAAACCAAUGUCAGAAAUGUAUUGUGGAGAGUUUGAUUAGUCAACUUCUGACCCCAGAAAAAUCUCAGUUCUUGCUUCUUCUGGUGGCAUCAAGUAACACUGGAUGGCCUUGGAGGUUAUCUCCGACAUAAAUCUAUUGUUUUAAUUCUCUCUGGGCCAGCAUCUUCUAUAGCCAAAUGGGGACAGAUUGGAGAAAAACCCACAAUUUUGGAGAUGGUGAGGUGGAAAGCAUGGAUGCUCUUCCGGCAGGGACAUGUAAAUAAUUUUGUUUUGGCCUUGAAAUGAAAGGUUUCUGUUUCUCCCUUUGAAACCUGUGAAACUGGGGUAAAAAUAAAGAUGUUUAACUAAAGCAUG